CUACCACCAACAUUUCCCUCGGAGCUGAACGCGCAAGCUGCCCGAAAAACCUGCUACGAUAUUCACUCGAACGAAAAACAAAAAGACGACCAGAAGCAAGUGACCAAUCAGUCGCUCACAGCUCAAAGUGACGUCAACGUGUAGCUCUCGACCCACCGUCCAUUCCGAACCCCUCCUCGACCGAGCGAAUACAGCCCAGCCCGACUUCCGACCUGUUUAGCAUCAGCUCUGUCUUUUGAAGGCAGAUACUCGGCAACCCGAAGGAAACCGAACCAGGGGGGCGAAGGAAGCAACCGAAACCAUGGCAGGAGACGGCGAAGAGCACGAGGGCGCGUCGGUCCAGGAACGCCUGAUUCACGCGUGCAGGACAAACGACGUGGGCAUGUUGGAGCAGAUCGUCGAGGAGAUAGGGGACGAAGAAAAGGUGGCCAAGGUGCUGAACGAGACCAAGACGGUCAUGGGGAACCAUCUUUUGCACGAAGCGGCCUUGAAGGGGAAUUACGACGCAAUCGACUUCCUCUUCUCCCAAGACGGCCUCGAGUGCGACCCCAUCAACCGCGCCGAGGGCGACACGCCGGUGCACAGCGCGAUCCGGUGGACGAGCCAGCAGACGGACGCCGAGGACCGGCAGCUGGGCGCGGCGCUGGUCGAGAUGAUGCUCAGCGACGGCGCCAGCACCCGCAUCCGCAACAAGCAGCGCAGGACGCCGCUGCAGCUCGUCGAGGUCGUCGACAAGGGCAACGAGGCCCUCAAGGACAUCAUCAGGCGGCAGGAGUACGAGGAGCUGAACCGUGGGGACUUUGUCGACGCCGACAGCGUGGCUGCUCCGGCAUCGCGGCAGCAGGCUAGGGAGGAGAGCAGUGAUGACGAUGCCGAGUUUAGUGGCAGCGAUGAUGAAGAGAGGGCAGAGUGGGAGAGGAGGAGAAAGGCCAAGGGAAAGAAGGUUUAGAUGGGCCGAUCGUUUGACCCUUUUUGUGUUUUUACUUGUCUGUAACCUGUCAUUUGGGCUUGGCUUGCAUGUGAUAGUGCCGCAGGAAACUAUCUAAACUGGGGAUUCCAUAUUCGACAAGGCUUAGGAAUGGACAGAAGAUCUGUCUGGUUUGUCUGUGAGCUUGUAGGGCGUGUCAUUCGAGUGCUGUAGAAAUCUGCAUGACCUAACUGUCGGCGCAUCAGUUAUUUUCCAAAUGUUACACAAAGUAAAAUGUAAUGGUCCAAUUUAGGCA